AUGCCCCUCUCUUCAUUCUCAUUCUCUUCCUCAUUGCAUAUGACCAAAAACCACCGACAACCUCCUCCCACCGCUUCUUCUUCCACUCCUCCUUUGAAACAUCGAUCUUCCAACAACAUGGCUAUCCCAUCCAACUUCAUGAUCUCAAAUAAUCCAUCCAACUCGGCUGGUCCAUCACGGUCAUCUUCCUUGGCAGGCCGAAAGAGGCCAAGAGAAUCGGACGGUGACGGUAAGAACCGUACUCCAUCGAGGAGAACGAAAAGCACAGGAGAUGCUAGAAGUAACAGCUCAAAAGAUCGAGAAGCUUUCCAAAGAGGAUUAAUAUCCGUCUUCGUACCCAAAGCACUUCAAGAGUCAAAACAGGGAAAUUUGGCACACUAUAACGAUCUUCUUGCUCAUUUCUUACCUUCACCCACGACACCCAUACCCGCUUUGCCCCCUCUUUUACCCUUACUUCGAGCCAUAUCCGCCCAUGUCUCCCUUCUUUCUCCUGAAAUUCACUCUCCACUCGUCACGGCGAUCAUCAAUCUACCUUGGGCUACAGGAGAUGAGAAAUUUGUGAAAACGUUUGUAGGAUGGGCAGCGGUCCUGGUCAGUGCUCAGCCAGGUUGGGCGAAAGAAGUCGUGGGAAUGGCCGUCAAGGGACUCACUUGGCAGCUACCAUUUACCUCAAGCACUGCCGCACCGAUAUCGAGAAAGCUCUUUCAUGCCAGACAUCAUUUAUUGCUUUCACAUCUAAUCUCACUAGUCCCUACACUGCCUAACGUGCUUCAACCUCUUCUCAUACGGAAUUUCCCACAUAAACGAGAACCAGAAGUAGCUCAAACUACUUGGAUCAGGAACUGCUGCGAAUUGAUAGGAUAUUGCCCGGAGCUAGGGGGUAGAAUGUGGGGCGAAAUCGUGGACAGGAUGUUGCGGAUUGAUGUUGAGAUCACCAACAGUAUAGAAGACGAUGAUGACGAUUCGGAUGCUGAGUCGGACGAUGAAGACGACAUGCAACCAUCCAGUUUACCUCGAUUAUCCCCUACUCCCACUCUCGAUCCCCUCGAUCUUUCCAUAUCUCAGCAACUUCCUCGACCGCGGACGGCUUCACCUUCGCCUGAUAUCGGUGUAGAUGACGAUGCGUCCGAUGGAGAUCCAGAUCCUGAUGAGCUUUCUUCCGACGAUGAUGGUGAAUCCGAUGACGAAGACUCCAUCAAUGCAGCCAAGCUUGCCGAGGCGAGGGAGAAGAAAAAGGCAAACGUGAAAGCUAUGAGAGAGAAACUUGAUGGAAUGCUUGUGCAUUUCUUCGAACAUCUUGAAGAAUAUAUGGGUGCGAAAGCAAGUCAUUUACCUGCUGCCGAAAUGGCAGCUCAGAAUAUUGCUGGAAGUUCCGGCGCAUCUACACCGACUUCUGAAUACCCUUUACCUAGCUCAUCGACAAUCGCUUCCUUACUCGUUAAAAGACCUGCACCAACUCCCGCCCAAUCCUUAUCGUUCUUCCAGACUCUACUCAACCUAUUCUCCCGACAAAUUCUCCCCACAUCUGCUACUCAACAUAUUCCAUUCUUGCUGUUCCAUACGGCUUCUUUCUCGCCAUCCCAUACCGAUCUAUUCCUUGGUCUGCUCGUAUCUCAAGCAUUGUAUGCUCAAACCACUACAGCACCUCAUACUUCACAACCUGUAUCAAUGAACCAGCGUAUAGCAGCUACGGUCUAUAUAGGUUCGAUCGUGUGCAGAGCAAGAUUUGUCACCGAUGAUCAAGCUCGAACGGUCCUGACUUAUCUAUUAGCAUAUAUCGACGGGAAGUUACAUCAAUCUCGUAUCAACAAGAAAGAAGGCAUAGAUGAAUUACCCCUAUUCUACGCGGUUUGUCAAGCCGUAAUGUUGAUUUUCUGUUUCAGGUGGAGAGCCUUCACCGCAUCUGCCUCGAAAGAUGAGAAUGAGAAUGACAAUAUCGUGGGUGAUCUAGAAUUAGAUGGCGAAGAAUCGUUAGAUGGGGAAAACAAUAAUGAUAACAAGUGGAUCAAUGAUUUGGAUAUUUUGCAAAGAGCUAUAACUAGCGAACUUAAUCCUUUACUUGGAUGUAAUCCAACGAUCGUAUCCACUUUUGCCAAAGUGGCUCACCACACCAAUUUCCUAUAUUGUUUCUCAAUAAUCGAAGCCAACCAGCAAUCUUCUCAUCCGCCCGCACGAUCCACGUCAUCCCAGAACCUAGCCAGUACCGCAUCUACCAACGGCAAUAGCAAUCAACCUAAAUUACCGGCUCGAACCAAUUCGUCUUUGAUCGGUUCACAGACUUUACCUCGUCAAGCUAGACAAAUGAAUAUCGACUUAGGUCUAGACUCGUAUUUCCCCUUUGAUCCAUAUGACCUACCUAAAUCGAAGCAGUAUAUAGAAAGGUUAUAUAGAACUUGGUCUGAAGUUGCUAUCGACUCAGGCAAUAACGAUUCUGACUCGGACUCUGAUAGUCAAUCUGAAGAAGAGGAGGAGGAGGAAGGAAACGAAAGUGAUGAUUCAAGCUUAGAAGAUCACAUGAAGACUACUUUCCCACAUAAGAUCAAUAUUGGAAGUUACGGUGAACACAGGAAGAAGAAAUUGUUCAACGGGACUGGUCAGAGAGAUAAUGGAUUAUCGAGUAGUCUUGAAGGAAUGAGUAUAUCACCUAAUCUCAAUGGAGGAUUGGGCAUGGGAAUGGGAGUAGGUGUGAGAGGUGCUUAA